ACUAUUUUAAAUUAAUAGUAAAGUACCGAAUUAUGCAUAUAAAAUGUAUAAUCUUAAACUUGCAUAAUGGUAUUUUUUUUACCGCAUGGAAUACUUCCAAGACGUUUUGGGACGAUUUAACAAGAAGAGGCCCCCAACGAGCUGGCUGGCCUGGGAAUGCCUUGGGAUCCUCACGGAAGAGCUGUAUUAAGUGGCUUGGGAGAAGGAAGUCUGGUCUUCCUGCUGAAGCUGCUGCCCGCACGACCAGACCUCGGAUAAGUGUCUUGGUCUUGGUGGAGAACACGCCUGGUACAGAACUGCAGGCACAUCUUUAUGACCAGGACUGUCUCACAGCUGUAAACUGAGCAUGACCCCUAAGAGGCAGAUACUUUCAGCAGAGGAAGUCUGUGGCCCCAGGAGGGAUGGCAAUUGCUCGUGCGUCUUCUUAGAGGAAGGAGAGGAGACAUACAGUGAUAUAAACAAGUGCUCACGCACUAUGGAGGAUCUCCCUACAAUUAGGGAGACACCAUCGAAGAGGAAACUCGGGGGCGUUAAGAGUGCGUUCUGUUCCUCAUCUGGCCGCCUUUCGUCAAGUUGCCCGGAACACUGCUGAGGAGGAGGAUGAGGAAGAUCUGCGCGUGAGGGAAGAGGAGCAACAGGGUGGCAACAGGCUGGGAAGUGAUCCCUGGUUCUUCAUGCUGAAGCAAGGGUUCCUGACUUCCAGCAGUAGCAUCAUCGUCAUCAUCAUCAACCAUGUGAGAGGAGCUCUCAGCAUGCGCAGGCUGACCACGUCCAGCUCAAGCUGAACCAGCCUCCUGCAGCCUCUCCCUCCUUUCCCACAUGACCGCGAGAAGAUGACUAUCACCAGUCGGCAGUCCUUGAAUGUCCUGACGGUCAUUUUCCUCUUGCUGUCCACUGCAGCACUCUCAGCUCACUACCGGGUGUGCGAGCCUUACUCCGACCACAAGGGGCGCUACCACUUUGGCUUCCACUGCCCACGGCUGUCGGACAACAAGACGUACAUGUUCUGCUGCCACCACAAUAACACGGCCUUCAAGUACUGCUGCAACGACACAGAGUUCCAGAUCCUUAUGCAGAUUAACCUCACCACGACCGCUGAUGGAUAUUCACACAAUAAUUACACGGCGCUGGUGGGGGUGUGGAUCUACGGCUUCUUUGUCAUGGUGCUGCUGGCUCUGGACUUCCUCUACUACUCGGCCAUCAAUUAUGAGCUGUGCCGGGUCUACCUGGAGAAAUGGGGCCUGGGGGGCCGAUGGCUGAAGAAGGCCCGCAGUCAGUGGCAGCGGUCCAUGGAAGAAGAGAGCCAAGCCCAGGCUCAGCCCACAGUGCCCGGCCUCUACCAGCCCAGACACAGCCUCCGAGGGGAGAGCCACAGCCCCACGCUGCUGCCCUACAACACAUCCAGUGCGUGAGGGAUGUGUCUCUCAGAAGAGUAGCGCCACGUUUCGCAUACAUGGCCCCCAGGAGACGCCCCCUACAGACACUCUAAAUCCAUACUUACAUAGGCGGCCAUCCAGGAAUUCUUUGGACGGGACACCCUCUUCCCCCCUUCUGAUGAGCACAAGUCAGCCUCGGACUGAGAGCGACGCCAUUUAACAAGAGGCUGAGCAACUCGGGACUGGUAGAAUAGCCCUGCCACAUCCGAGCCCAGCAGCGAACGAGUGAGUGACACUCUAAUGGCUGUCGGGAAGCGGAGUGCAGUCGGGAACUGGAUGGAUGAAGUGGUCAGAUGUGAUGGGUUUUAAUAUGAAAUGUUAAUUAGGCUGCUGUGUCAGUUUGUGUUGCGUAGCAGUUAGACACAGUUCUCUAUUUUAUUUAUGUGAUAGUCACACAACAAUGCGUGGUGAACCUUUGAUUCGUUAGGUUGAUGCUGAGCAUCUCACGUAAACUCAAUUUGUUUGCAACGGCGGCGGCGGUUUGUUGAACAGCAAUGUGUUUUGACGAGUGCUUUAUAUUGUAACGUGUCUGAUGGGGAAUCGAGCCGUUUUUCUUGCUGUAGCGCUAAAAAUAUUAGAUUUCUCAUGCGUUAUCAGUGUUUUUUAUUGUUUUCAAGCAGGGGUGGGGAACCUACAGUAAUAGCAAUUGAUCUAAAAACAAAUAAAACCUCAAAGAACUCUUGUUUAAAAAAAAAAAAAAAGGCCCAUUAUGAUAAAAAGUAAACAUUAAGUCUGUCACAUUCCUUCCCCACAUUUCAUGUAAAAGUUAUUUAAAUCAACUCAUUAGUGAGGACCAGAGACCCCAAAACAUCAGCGGAAACAACUCAUAUGAGCCUAGUUGCCGUGGUAACUGCCAUCAACGUCAGCUCUUUUAGCAAUACAAUCCAUACCAUCCAAUCAAGUUUAAUAUACCCCCGUUAGUCGGAUUUACACAUCAAAUUUUAAUUGUCAGCAAUAAUGUACAGCAAAGAGAAGGAUGACGAGGUGUCACGGUGCACGGGUAUUCAAUGAAGUGCAACACGCAUACACAACACAAAAGAUUUUGCGAGAUUUGUAGUCAUUGUGCCUGUUCUCCAAAUAUCAAUUUAGUGGGAUUUUGUACAAAAGCUGCUGCAUUUCUGAUAUAUUUCAAGGUUAUUUUAACAUUUUCAUUAAUAAAUGUUGUGAUAUUGAUCAAUACCAAUAGUAAAUGAUUAGAAUUAUGUAAAAAUGUAACAUCUAGCCCGUUACAUUGAGGUCAAGACCAACAUGAUUAAAAAAGAAAAACUGGUCAUGUAACUUUUUGUACAAUUUCACACUAAACGUAAGAGGAUGAAUGGCUGCCAUGUCAAUGUAAGUAUUCAUUAUGCUUGUAUAUGAUUUAAUCUUUCCAAUUAUUAUUCCAUCCAUCAAAAUCUAUGUGAAAAUGUAUGAGGCCUUGUCAAAAAGCAUUCAUCUUUGAAAUUUUGCUAUUUAACGUUUGCUCAAAAUUUGAUUGUUUUCCCUUUUUCAAAUUUACAAUUUUUAUUAUUUAUAAUUUUUUCUUUUUCAAAUAGGAAUAAAAUUCUGAAAUUUCAGAUUUUUUUCCCCACCCAAUGAAAGGUAUCUCGCGAAAUGAGAUUUCUUUACUAAUGGAUUUUCUGUUUUAUAAAUAUUAUUUUUUAAUCAUGCAUUUAGCAUUACAAACAAGGUAAAAUCAGCUUUUUAAAAGCAUUGUUUAUCAUGUCAAACAAAAACAAUAUUCAAAUUAUUAUUAUAGUUAUUAUUGUUUUAAACGAUUGAAAAAAAAUGCCAACUAAGAGUUAAACAAGUUUUUUUUUUCCAACUAUCAUAAAAUGUGAUUAUUUUCAUGUUUUGGGGGAUUUAAAAACUUUAAAAAAAUUUUUUUGCUUAAACUCAAAAUUGACCAGAUUAAGGCUACGUUCACACCGCAAGGCGCGAUGCCCAAUUCGGAUUUUUGUUAAUGCCGAUGUUUUUGUGUAGCCGUUAAUAUUGCACAGACCUGUGCGACUCACAUUGUGAAGAGAAUGUUUGACACAAAGUCACGUGUUGCAGUGUUUAUCGAGGUAAAUUAACCAUCAUGCUUUAGUUGCAGUGUUUGAGGAUUUUACGCUAUGGGAGCCAACAUUUUUUUAGCUUGCUAACUCUGCACACCAAAUGGAUUGUUCCAUAUAUCCGCUACGAAUAUACUAUACAUCAAUGUGGGAAAGCUCUAAUUGAGACCUUUUUCUUGGGAGGAACCUUAAAAAAAUAUACGGCUGCUAAUUGGACGAUGGCUCUUCUCGUCACACUCGCGUAAACAUCGUUUCCAUCAAAAAAGCUGCUCUUGACAUUCUUUGCUCCUCUUUUAAUGAGGAAAUUAAGUUCCAUAAUUUUUGGACUACAGUGAUCCCUCGUUUUUCGCCGUUAAUUAAUUAAUAAUAAUUGAAAAAACGUUUAUGUAUAUAAAUAUCAAUAAACAUAAAUAUAUAUAGUUUUUAAGCAUUCAAAUGUAAUAAUUAUGAUACAUUUUAAACUGUCCUAACGAAUUAAUUUUAAACAAGAAUAAAGUAGAAAAAUGCUUGACUUUAUUAAAAUUCUUCAUUGAGUGAGUCCAACCAAAUCUGCUCAAGCUGCUCACUUACACACAAUGAGUUGCCACAGCAACUGUUUAACGAUGAAUGACGCGUGCAAUCCAACCCAAACAUCUGUCAAUUCAUUGUUAACUUUAAUAAGCAACUCCAGUUCACUGCCUGACCAACAAAGAGCAGGGAAAGGGACGGAGGGAGGGAUUGGCUCGGGACAGCUCAUCUGUAUGUAUUUAUUUAUCUUUUUAAUAGCAAAAAAAUCCGCGAUGGACUGAGGGUGCAACGUUUGAAGCGCGAAGAAGUGAGGGAUCACUGUAUAAGACGUCACUUUUUUCCUUCAUUUUGAAUCUUGUGGCUUAUAGUCCAGUGUAGCUUAUUUUGUUGAUUUAUUUGGGUGCAUAGGUAACCCUUUAUUUGACAUUGGUGUCAUAAAACUGUCAUGAGUCCAUCAUAAUUAUCAAAUGACAAUGUCAUGUGCAUUUAUGAAUGCUUAUGACUGAUGUAAUUUAGUGUUAUCCGGCAAAUUUUGUCACUUACUCCAUUUAUGUCCAGCUCGGAUAUUUUGCAUCCAUUCUAAAGUGAGAUAAUUUUUCACUUCAAACGGAUUGAAUGUCUAAUAGUGAUAGACUCAUUCCAAUCCACAGCAAAAGGGUGGAAAUAGCUUGUCUUACUGUUUAUUGUAGAAUAUUGACGAAUGAUUUCGUCGAGUCGCACAUGAUAGGAGAAAAACACCAGCGGUCUAUGGCAGCAGCUCUGUGUUUUGCUGUGAAUAAAAUUAGUCUCGCUGGGUAGGACGGAAUUCCAAAACUCCGGGUUGGAUUUCAAAACAUCAAAAUUCGACUGUUCUUUCUGCAUUUGACCUGCGAAGUGAACGUAACCUUGCUUUAUUUAAUCAUGAAAUAAAAACACUAAAAAUGUGUUUGUUUUUCUGGGCAUUAAUUGAAAUGCUUUGAGUUUUGAUUGUUUGAGAAUAACAAUGUUCUGAUUGUUUUUUUGUGCAAAUCUUUGAAACAGUGACAAGGAGUUUGUUUUUAUUGGACCAGACAUAGACUUCACUGACAGUUGACGGGAAAACGUCACCCGGGGCCGUUCUGUAGGGGGCCUAUUUUAAAAAAAUUUAAAUUCAAAUAUUUUCAGAACUAAAACCAAAACAGGCAUCUCCCUUAGGCAUAUAUGAAGUCUCCAUGAACAGCGGCAUCAAAAAUCAUUCCCUAAUAAAAUCCCAAAUAAUUAUUAUUUAUGACAAAACUUAAAAUGGCUAUAAAAUUUUCAGAUUUUACGCUACAUGCACAAAAAUCACCAAAUGUAGAGAUAAUCACCUACUGUAUAUUUUCAGAAUCAAUAGCAAUAUUUAACUUAUCAUAUAACUAUUUGCCCGAAAUAGCGACUUUAGCGAAAUGUUUUUUUUAUUCAGUGCAAUUUUGACCUAAUUUUUCAAUAGCUAAUAAAUCACUCAAUUUUCACAUCAGAAACUUAAUACAGUGGUACCUCUACAUACAUUAAAGUUAAUUCGUUCCAGGACCUUUUUUGUAAGUCGAAAUGGUUGUAUGUCGAGCAGGAUUUUCCCAUAAGAAUGCAUUAUAAUCCCAUUAAUUCGUUCUACAGCCCAAAAACCUACACUAAAUCCUUAUUAAAUACUGCUGGUACUAUUACAAAUGUCAAUUACACAUAGAAAAACAAAUAAAUUAUAAAUAAAAAUCGGAAUAAUAUAAUAAUAAUAACGUAUUGGUCCGAAUAUAAGACAGCCCUGAUUAUAAGACGACCCCCUCUUUUUCAAGACUCAAGUUUGAAAAAAGACUUUUUGAACACCAAAUUGAUUUUAUACAGAAAAUAAUUACAGUACAUCUGAAACAAAUGAUUAUAACAAUAUAUUUGAGAGAAAAAGCAUGUUAUUUUGCCUUAUUCAAAUCUCAAUAUCUGAACAUUUAAAUAUGUAAACUGAAGUGAAUGGCGUCUGGUUUUUUCGAUGUAAAUAAACCAAUCUAUUGUGAUAAAACAACAAAGCUGCAAUAACUGCAUUAACCAAAGUAAAGUCUAACUGUAACGGUAGUCUUGAAACAAAUCUGAAUAAGGAAAAACAUUGCGAUAAAUUAAUGCAAACUGGUUAAACUUGAGAGUAGCUGAGAUCUAUCAUGACAGAACAUCGCUUCAAUGAUAUCUGGCGCCAUCUAGCGUCAUGAUCGGGGAGAGUAGCUGAGAUCGGUCAUGACAGAACAUCGCAUCAAUGAUAUCUGGCGCCAUCUAGCGUUGUGAAUGUGUAUAAUGUCUAGACAGCGAAUAGAAGACGACCCCCUCUUUUUGAAUGAAUGAAUAAAUGCUUUAUUUGGACAUGAGAAAAAAAUAAACAAACAAAACAAACGAAAAACAAAAUAAAAAAAAUAAAAACAAAAAAAUGAGACCGAACCAAUGAUAUUCUCGAGAUAACAAAAACAAUAGUUAAGACAAUAAUAAUAAUGAUCAUAAUAAACAAGAUCAGAAUUUAUUCUGUGUCCAAAAAGGAGUAGGAUGAAGCAUUUGCUUAUUAAAACCUACCCCCCAUUUCUAUUCCUUAAUCAUAUCUGUCCGCCCUAUAUAAUUAGUUCUCAUAUUAACAAAGAAAUAAACUAAAUAACCAUAUACAUAAGAUGCAAGAUAAACAAAAAUAAACAGGACUUAGCCAAUAACAGAUAUGUGAAAACCCCCUAUAAAUGAACCCCUUCCUCUUCCCUAUACCCAGUGAAAACCAUGUGCUUGUACCACUUCCUAAACUGGGUCAUGCGUGGACAUUGCUUGAGCCCCUCAUCUAGUUUAUUCCACAGCUUCACUCCACAAACUGAAACACAAAAACUUUUUAAUGUAGUUCGUACCCGCUGAUGCUGUAAGUGAAGCUCCCCCCUCAAACUGUAUUGUCUUUCUCUGUUAAAAAAUAUUUUCUGUAUAUUGCCAGGAAGUGACCUGUGUAAAGCCUUUUUCAGUCUUUAUUUCAAUGCAAAAAACUCCGUCUUAUAUUCGGGCCAAUACGGUACUUUGUUUUCACAGAUUUCUGUACUAUUUCGCAUGUUUGUAGCAUAACCGCUGUACGUAAUCAUGGUUUUACACGUUCUGCAUAUGAAAUACACGUUAGCAAAUUAGCUAAUUAGCUUAGCCCUCGGCGCUAACUAUUAACACCUCAAAAACAACAACAAAGGCUAAACAGUACAAGAGGGUUCGUGUACUCACCUAUUGUAGACGCAAACGGGUCUUAGCAACACACUCAGGAUAUUUUUCAAUUGACAUGACUUGAAACUAACGCUGGACAUCUGAAAGACGAGGAAAAACGAACUAUCUCACGUCCCUUCUCGCUCUAAAAAAUAACGUUCGGACAGAAGCGCGCGCCUGCCUGUCUCAUACACAAAUUUGUUUUCAAGUCUUUUGAAAAAGAGUAAAUAUCUCACUCAGAUACAAGCAGUAUCCAUUAUAACAUGCGUGCGUCCGUUAAAGGUGUCCGGGUGGCAGACUUGUCUUGAAUUUCGUUCCGCUACGAGCGGCUGUCAUAAAGUUAUGAGGGAAAAUCAUCGUUUUUGAGCCUUUAAGAAUCGUAAUCGAAUCGUCACGUGUCAAAUCGCGAUGCAUGUAAUAAUCGAUUUUUUGGAACUCCUCUAGUGCAUACAUGGUGCUGCUAUUUCAUAUAAUAAUUACCUAUAUAAUCAUAUAAUAAUUACCAAAUCCCUCUCGAGACACUACUGCCUGCUUGUAUGCACUAAAGCUUUCGUCCUGUUUCCGCCUGAUUCAGCGUUAGAACGCAGCGUAUGUUUAUCGCAGUGAAAGCUGCCUUGACGCUCUGCCUGGCCCGGCCCCCUACGGGAAGCCAAUGUCUGUAGGAGCUGUCUCGUCAACUGAUAGUGAAGUCUAUAGCCCAAAGCAACCGUGACAGUUGCAAGGCAGAACAGCAACAAAAAGGACAUUUUGCAAUUGUUUUGUGACAAAAUAAAAAAAAAACAACCAAGUGUUCUGACUGGAGCACAACGAUAAUAAUAAUAAUGCCACGAUCUGUACUGUACUAAAGUAGGUCAAGCUGUGUCACCAUGGCAACAACCGGGAUGCCGUUGCCCUGAUCACACUUAAGGAAGUCGUUUUUCCAACUUAAACGACCACACUUGCUUGCUUUAAGUUGCUGUCACAGCUUUCCCGGAGUUAUCUGCAAUAAUAUCAGCGUUUGCCGGGAUGUUAGCACCAGGGUUCGUUCCCAUCGGAGAGGCUAAAGCUUAAUUGGCUGCCCGGCGCCGCCUGUUUUCCGGGCCGCACGAACGCAUUUGAGCACACGGGAGAAAUAAUUGGCCAGCGGAUCAUCCGUGCUUUUAAUUCACGCUCUCUCGCUCCUCUGCCUGCGCAGCUGCCGCGCCUGUGCCCGCGUCGUCCCCGCACACACCGGUCCAAUAGGGGGAACUUUUAUUUGGCGGGGAUUUAAUUAGUUGCCGGUGCUAGUGCUGGAGAAGAUUUCGGAAUUCUAGUGAAAGGAUUUAGUUCUCCGGGGGAUAUGACCUGCAGUAUAUGGCCAUUAAAGCAUUCUCUUACCAAUUUGUUGUUUUCGAGGCCCCGGACGUGAUGCGACGCUGUCUGAGAAAGUAACAAUGGUUGGAGAGGUUGCGCGUCUGCUUUGCGGGUUGUCAUGGUAAUCGUUGCCUUACAGUUGAAUACCCACCUGUACACAAACGCGUUGUCGUGGUCGGAUACCUCACUUUUCCAGGUGCAGUGCGCUGGUGAUAAUAAGUGUGCGUUGUGUUUCCGACUAGAUAGAAUGUCGUGUGCCGUCUUCACUUGAUUGCACUUGUUGAAUUUGUAUUGUCAAGACAGGGACAAAUAAAGUUUUAUCUUUUACAACGGUGUUGAAGAGCCUUUUGUGUGGCCGUGACAAUUACAGUACAGUCACUGAACUUGUCGGUUGCCAUUGACGGCGCUAAACGUCUGAUCCAUUUUGACUGGGAGGGCUGGCACUUCACUGAAGCAUGAGUAAUGACAGCCUGUCCUCACAGUUUACAUGAAUUGGAUUUCUAUUGUUGUCAUUGGCAGGCAAUGAGUUAAUAAUAAAAUAUUCUGUAAGUUAUUCAUUUUUCAAAUGUUUAACUUUAACAAGGAA